AUGGCCAGAAACUGCCUGCAAGCGGCUGAGCUAACGACCAGCGGCCGCCCAGUCCUCCUCCCAACGGAGAUCGAAUGCUCACUCCUCUCCGCCGUAGACCUCGAAUGCGAAGACCUCCCCAACUUCCCUCACCUCAAAUCGGGUCUCCUCAUUCUCACCACCCACCGCCUCUUAUGGCUUCCCGAGUCCACCGCCGCCUCUUCAGCCUCCGCCAUCCCUCUCGCCGCCAUCACCCACAUCUUCUCCGCCAAAAAGUCAAUCAAGUCCAUGUUCGCCUCACCCCGGCUCCGAUUCCAGCUCUCGGUCUCGCCCGACGGCCGGGUUUCGGAUACGGGUUCGGGUUCAAGGUCCGUGGUGGUGACGGUCGUAGUCAGGGGUAAGGGCGAUUUGGACGCCUUUUUGAACAAGUUGUGGGACAGCUGGCGGGGAAGGGCCUGGGAGAUUGUGCAUGAGCAGGCCGGCUCGGAUGUUGCUGCGGGUUCCGGGUCGAGCUCUGGGAUGUAUACGAGGGAAGGGGCGGUGAGGAUGGUUGGAGUGUCAGGGAUUCUAAGGAAGGAGCAGGAGAUGUGGGAGAGUACUGAUAAGAGCUUGCAGGACGCUUUCCAGGACUUGAAUGCUCUCAUGAGUAAGGCUAAAGAGAUGGUGAUGCUAGCAGAGAAAAUGAGGCAGAAACUUUUAUCUGGCUCGACUUCUCAGCCCAGUGCGGAAAAUGAUGAAGAAUUGGGUUCCAAACAAGAGAUGCAAGAUUGGUUGCUGAGUGUUGGUAUUAUAUCGCCCGUUACCAAGGAGUCUGCUGGUGCUAUGUAUCACCAACAAUUGUCCCGUCAGUUAGCAGAUUUUGUCAGACUUCCACUUGAGAGAUCUGGGGGAAUGAUGAAUCUUAUAGACAUCUAUUGUCUCUUCAAUCGUGCUCGAGGCACAGAAUUGAUCUCGCCAGAAGAUUUGCUGCAAGCAUGUUCUCUCUGGGAGAAGUUUGACGUCCCUGUAAUGCUUCGAAAGUUUGAUAGUGGAGUCAUGGUCAUCCAGAAUAAGUCCCAUAGUGAUGAAGAGGUUUUUGCUAGAAUCAAGACCCUUGUAACAAAGGCCGAUGCUCUUCGAACUGGGAUAAGUGCCAGUGAUGCUGCAAUCACAUUAGGUAUUGCACCAGGCAUGGCGAAGGAGCAUCUUCUUACUGCUGAAGCAAAGGUUUGCUUUGCAGAGAUAUUAGCCCUGAUGGCUUUCGCUUUUAUGUUAACCUGUUUCCUGAAAUCGAUCCAAAUGACACGUUCACGUAAGUGA